CGUUCAAUGGUUGGGGCCGCCUGGCCGCCGGGCGCUCUCACGAGGGUCCGAUGGCGCCGCUGCCCUUAGGCAGGGGCGGAUGGGGGGGCGCGGCGGCGGGAAGCCGGCGGUGUGAGGGAGGGAGGUCACUCACGCCUGCCGAUUGGCCACAUGCCUCGCGCCCCUGCCUCCUAUUGGCCUAGUUAGGGGAGGGGGCGACUCACCCCGUCUUCGGAUUGGCUGUUGGUGGCCGUGGCGACUCUAUCGGGGGUGUGGGUGCAGGACCCCCAGUGGACUCUGUGAGGGGCCGUGGUACGCUGCGUUCUGCCCGUUCCACCCUCAUGAGGGUCUCUUGCCCCAGCGGGCCUGUUGGGCAUCUGUGUGGCCCCAACAGGCCAAGGCUCCUGGCUGGGUGGCCCUGAGGCUUGGUGUUGAGGGAAGUUAGGCCCUUCCCCGCUGCCCUGAGGGAGUUCCAUUCACGAAGGCCCUGGUGCGAGUAGCAGCAGUUGAGCCAUGUUGCUGAAGAUCACCUUAUCUUCUGGAAGCAGAAACACAAUGAACAGAUGAAUCCCUUCAGCCAGAUAUUACUCCAGUAGGUCUCCUUCUCCUCAUGGAGCACACAGGCAGGGAGGAGAUGGACUUGAAAGAGGAAAGUCCUCAGGUGUGGACUGAGUCUGCAGGACAGGAACAGCACACUGCUCAGGUGCACUUUGUCCCCGAGGGGGGAGCGGUGGCCCAGAUCAUGUACAGUGACGAGCAGGAGCGCGGCCCUGCCCAGCAGGUGGUUUACACGGCUGACGGCACCUCCUACACCUCUGUGGACACCUCGGAGCACACCCUGGUUUACAUCCACCCCGUGGAAGCUACGCAGACUCUGUUUACAGAUCCGUCCCAAGUGGCUUACGUCCAACAGGAUGCUACCACCCAGCAGGUAACGGUGCUCUUGCCUGCUGCUGCUCAGAGCAUGAAUCCCACCAACCUGUCUGUGCUCGGCAGUGUUGCUGAUCCCCCCCAGCCAGUGGCUCUGGAGCAGGGGCCACAAGCAGAUAGAGCAUCAUUACCGGUGCAUAACCAAGUGUUACCUCCUAUGGAGGCUGUGGAUGGUUCUGAUUCUUUAGCACCUCUGCAGAAUCAAAUGGAAAGGAUAGAAACAAAAGAGGAAGAUGAUGAGGAUGAAGAUGAGGAUGAAGAUGGGGAAGACACUGACAUGGAUGAGUGGGAUCCAGAUCCACCUCGACCCUUUGAUCCCAAUGAUUUGUGGUGUGAAGAGUGUAAUAACGCACAUCCCUCAGUGUGUCCAAAACAUGGACCUUUGCAUCCCAUCCCAAACCGGCCUGUGCUGACCAGGGCGAGGGCCAGCCUUCCCCUGGUGCUCUAUAUAGACAGGUUUUUGGGAGGUGUGUUCUCCAAAAGGCGCAUCCCAAAGCGAACACAGUUUGGGCCUGUGGAAGGACCUCUGGUCAGACAGACUGAGCUCAAAGACUGCUAUAUCCAUUUGAAGGUUUCUCUUGAUAAGGGUGACAGAAAAGACAGAGACUUGCAAGAGGACUUGUGGUUUGAGCUGUCCAGUGAGGCUCUCUGUAACUGGAUGAUGUUUGUGCGUCCAGCUCAAAAUCACCUGGAGCAGAACCUAGUGGCCUAUCAGUAUGGCCACCACAUUUAUUACACCACCAUUAAAAAUGUGGAACCCAAGCAGGAACUCAAGGUGUGGUAUGCUGCCUCCUAUGCCGAGUUUGUGAACCAGAAGAUCCAUGACAUAACUGAGGAGGAAAGGAAGGUGCUCAGGGAGCAGGAAAAGAACUGGCCAUGUUACGAGUGCAAUCGGCGUUUCAUGAGCUCGGAGCAGCUCCAGCAGCACCUCAACUCCCAUGACGAGAAGCUGGACUUCUUCAGCAGAACCAGAGGCCGAGGUCGUGGGCGAGGGAAGAGGAGAUUCGGACCAGGCAGACGCCCUGGGCGCCCUCCCAAAUUUAUGCGCAUAGAAGUAACCAGUGAAAAUGGUGAAAAAUGUGAAGAAGGAACACAGGACUUGCUGCAUUUUUCCAGCAAGGGGCAGUUUGAUGAGGCCGGACAAGCCCCACUGAAUGGGCUGGAGCAGCAGGAACAGACUCCGGUGCCAACAGAGCCACAGGGAGCGCUGGAGCAGCAGGAAAACCACGUGCUCCAUGUACAGCCACAGCACGAGGCGAACACGGUGUCCACACAGAGCUCCGUGACAGCAGAUGACAUGAGGCGAGCAAAGCGCAUCAGGAAUGCAGCUCUGCAGCACCUGUUCAUCCGGAAAUCCUUCCGCCCAUUCAAAUGCCUGCAGUGUGGGAAGGCCUUCCGGGAGAAGGACAAGCUGGACCAGCACUUGCGGUUCCAUGGGCGGGAAGGGAACUGCCCUUUGACCUGUGACAUCUGCAACAAGGGCUUCAUCAACAGCGGUGCCCUCGAGAGCCACAUGAAGUUCCAUAUGGACCAGAAAACGUACUCCUGCAUUUUCUGCCCCGAGUCCUUUGACCGCUUGGAUCUCCUUAAGGAUCACGUGGCCGUCCAUGUCAAUGAUGGCUAUUUCACCUGCCCCACCUGCAAGAAACGCUUCCCAGAUUUUAUCCAGGUCAAGAAACAUGUGCGCAGUUUCCAUUCUGAGAAGAUUUACCAGUGUACAGAGUGUGACAAGGCUUUCUGCCGCCCCGACAAGCUGCGACUCCACAUGCUGCGGCACUCGGACCGCAAAGACUUCCUGUGCUCCACCUGUGGCAAGCAGUUUAAGAGGAAGGACAAGCUGCGAGAGCACAUGCAGAGGAUGCACAACCCAGAGAGGGAGGCCAAGAAGGCUGAUCGGAUCAGCCGCUCCAAAACCUUCAAGCCCCGGAUCGCGUCCACUGACUAUGAGAGCUUCAUGUUCAAGUGCCGCCUCUGCAUGAUGGGUUUCCGCCGCAGGGGCAUGUUGGUGAAUCAUUUAUCAAAGAGACAUCCAGACAUGAAAAUAGAAGAGGUGCCAGAGCUCACGUUACCCAUCAUAAAACCCAACAGAGAUUACUUCUGUCAAUACUGCGAUAAGGUGUACAAGAGUGCCAGCAAACGCAAAGCACACAUCCUGAAAAACCAUCCUGGUGCUGAGCUACCUCCAAGCAUCCGGAAACUGCGUCCUGCAGGACCGGGAGAGCCAGAUCCUAUGCUAAGCACCCACACACAGCUGACAGGCACCAUUGCCACCCCUCCAGUGUGCUGCCCUCACUGUUCCAAGCAAUACAGCAGUAAGACAAAGAUGGUGCAGCACAUCCGCAAGAAGCACCCAGAGUUUGCUCAGCUCCCAAACACGAUCCAUGCACCGCUGGCGACGGCCGUCAUCAGUUCCACACCAGCUGUUCUCACCACGGACAGCACGACUGGAGAAACUGUUGUGACAACAGAUUUACUGACCCAAGCAAUGACAGAGAUAUCGCAGACCCUCACUACAGAUUACCGGACUCCCCAGGGAGAUUACCAGCGCAUCCAGUACAUCCCUGUGUCUCAAUCCACAACGGGCUUGCAGCAGCCUCAGCACAUACAGCUGCAGGUUGUUCAAGUGGCCCAGGCUACCUCACCUCACCAGUCCCAGCACUCCACAGUGGAUGUUGGGCAGCUCCAUGACCCCCAGACAUACACUCAACAUGCCAUCCAGGUGCAGCACAUCCAGGUCACAGAGCCAUCACCAGCAACUCAGUCAUCAUCACAGGCUGGGGGUCAGCCUUUGAGUCCCUCCUCGCAACAACCUCAGCAGGAGCUCAGCCCCUCACAGAUACAGACAACUACAUCGACACCAAACCAAGCCCUCCAGCAGCAGCAAGGCUCCUCAGUCCAGCACACAUAUCUCCCCAGCAACUGGAACUCAUUCCGGAGCUACUCAUCAGAGAUUCAGAUGAUGACCAUCCCCCAAGGGCAGUAUGUGAUCACAGAGACUGCUGUGGGUACCCCAGUCACCACUGUCAACACAGGGCAAGUAAAAGCAGUUACUCAGACUCACUACGUGAUAUCUGAAGGUCAGCCUGAUCUGGAUGGUAAACAAAACUCUUCACUCUCCAGUGAGGUUCAGGUGGGCAUUUCCCAGCCCACAGCCCACACGGAUCCCUUGGAAUCCCAGACGAGCAACCAGCAGCAAACCACCCAGUACAUCAUCACAACCACCACCAACGAGAGUGGCGGGAGUGAAGUGCACAUCUCCAAAACCAGGACUUUCUCAGCAGAGCAUGAGUGAAAGAGCCUCAUGGUGCCAUUUGCUUGUCCUUGUCACCUCCCUGACAGCCCAGAUGUGGGGGUACCCUGGGGCUCUGUAUGUUUUAAUAUAUAUGCUCACUUACCUUCUACUAAAAUCUUGGAGCUCUUGUUAAUGCUUUAAGAGGGUUUAAUUCACAGUGACCAUGAAAUACCCUCAGAAUCCUUCUGGGAUGCUUUUUAUGCAGCUUUUAAGAAAAAGGACAAGAGAAGUGAAACCUCUGCUGGCCCUGGACUUUAUUUUUGGCAUGUCUGCUGACCCGUUUUUUUCCUUUUUGGAAGUGUGUCCAGCAAACAAUAUUAUUUCAGCUGUAUGGCAGAAAGCCUGCCUAACUGAAGGCUUCCUGGCAGAUUGUUGUAUGUAUAUUUUUAACAGGAGCCAUUAAAGAGGACAGCAUCAUGUAAGUUGUUAGAAUAUGGCAGAACUGCUUCCUGUGGCUUCUAGCAGCCAAGGUGAAGGGGAGUGUCCCUGGGCCAUAUGAGCAGACUGCCUGCAGAAAGGAGCAGCAGCAGCCAAGCAGUGGUUUGUGGUGUCCCUUUAUGGGGAUGGAUUGAACAAUGAAGCUGUGAAGAUGUGCCGAAGCAGUCCAUUAAAUUAUUAUUCCAGCCCUCCAGAACUGUUUACGUGCUGUCUGCCCUGCCCUGUUUUACCCAGCAGUUUCAGAAAGCAAGAAAAGCACAGUCUUAAACCCAUGUUGUUUGGAACAAACUGACUGAAGUCCUAGGAGCACCUAAGGGUAGUACAGAGCCACUGUUACUUCUUUUCCCUCCAGUGUUUGCAGGGAAAAUUGCUUUUUUGCCUAUAAACAAAAAAACAAAACAAAAAAAAAAGCAAGCAGCUCAGCUAAACCUGCACAGUAGCUUCUGCUGUGAUCUAAGAUAGUUGUACAAGGAGAAAACGAGGAUACGAGCACUCCUCUGAAGGGACAGGGUCACUAUCUCUGUGGCCACCUCAAAGUAAACAUAUUUCUCCUCUUCAAGACUGGAUGGAGAGUUGGUUUCUUUUUUUUUUUUCCAAAUAACCUUGUUAACAAUGUACUGUAAUUCCUUUCGACAGUUCCAGAAAAAAACCAACCAUGGACUCGGGAAACAUACAAGAAACAUGCUAGUGGACCACUAUUUAUGGAACAUGGAAAGCCAUCCAUGAGGGUUGCCAGAUGUGAUGAACCUGGUCUACAUACAGAAUUCACGUUGCAUUUAGGGACCAGGAGAAAGGGAAAGAGAAGGUUUAUCUUUUAAGGCCAUGUAAUAGGUUUUUCCUUACAUAGUUCUUCACAGGUUGUCUUGGUUGUUUAAGGCAUUCUGGUGGUUGCAAAAACAUGACUACAACUCCAUUGACUCCUGGUGGGAUAUACUGUGUAUGUCUGAAUUUCCAUUCUUUGCUGGAAAACUCAUCUGUGCAUAUCAGGAUACAUUUAUUUAUAAAACAGACACAAAGAAGGAUGCUGUGUCUUAGAUGUCCUUGAGACAGAAGAACUUGAGAAGUUUUUUUUGAUUUGUUUUCUCUUGUACUGCACUGAGUGUGAUUAUGGGACUCUUCCAUAGAUAUUCCCAUGGAUUCAGAUGUGGAUUACCCACGUCAGUAAGCACUACACAUUGUGGUAUCAGGUUUUAUGGAGUUAAAGCUCUUUGGCAUGAGGGAACUCCACACUCAGGCUGCACAAGAGCAAAUCUGGUUCCUUGUGGGCAAAGCCUUUUAGCAGGCAUGGCUUUGGUAAUUAAUGUGUCUGUUAAUGUGGCAUGGAAAUAGUAUUGAGAUAAAUCAGCUGGCCAGUACUGGCCAGCCAAUAAGUGACUUGCCAAAAUGUGGGUUACUUUUUUUCCUAAGAUUUCUCUUCUCUUGCUGUACCACCAUACUGAGGCACUGAUGAGCAGGGUAGAAUUGACAUGAAGCAGAGCUCCCAUUUGGUCAAGUGCAGUGAGUGAGUGACCUUACGUUCUGUCUAUUUGGCAGCCCAGCCACUGUGGCAAUGUGGAGAAACAACCACAAUGCCCAGUAACUUGAAUUCAUGUUGCUGAGGACUUUGGAAUUACAAUGUUGAGUCUUGCAAUGUUGUUUAUGUGGGAAGAGAGUAGGGAGAAUUUUGUCAUAGCUUUUUUCAGGCUGCUGCUAAUUUAGUAACAAGUAGUAGGAAAAUAGCAGACUUGGAAAUGGAAGACUGGGAUACUGGAGGACUGUGGGAGCAGUUUUAAGAAUCUUAAAAGUUUGACAUUAGACAAACAUCAGAUAUGUUCACAUUAUUGAUCUUGCACAUGGGGGGUUUAAAAACUACUUUGCUCUAUUCACCUUUGUUGGAACAGUCCAUGAAUGAGGACAGUUUUACCAGUUAUUUAAAAGUGAAAGCUAUUUAAAACAGAAAACCAUUUUAAAACAGCCUUUUUGAACUCAAAUAUUUCCUCAUCAAAGUUUCUCUGCCCUGCAGCAGCAGCAGCACCCUCGGGCUAUUGGCCUGACUCCAGGUGAAGUAAUUCCUAGUGUCAUGAGUUGAAUGAAUUGCCUGUGAAAGAAGCAAGUCUGGAAAUGGAAGUACCACAGAAUUUCUUUCCAAAAUAAGGAACUACAGUGAUUGCACAGAUGGCAAAGGUUGCACGGAUUUUUUUUCUCCAUUUCUGCAGUGCAGAAGGAAUGGGAUGUAUUAUUAUUGUUUGUAAACCAGAGCAACCCAAAGAUCUCUCUAAGUUGUAUCCCACAGAAGUGUAAAUCCAGAGUCCUCUCAGUUGCCUGGAAGGUCUGUGUUUUGUUUGGAGAUACUGUCCCUUGGAGGCAUUCUGGGUCAGAUUCUGUAUUUUUCUGGAGGAAAACGAGAACAAUCCCAGCCUGCGCACCCUGAUCUUGCACCUCUUGGACUGCUCGGGCCCCAUCUCUUAUUUAACUGUGUAUGUUUAUUGUACAUUUGGUGACUGUUGUUGUGUUCAGAGUCUUGUGCAGCCUGGCAGGUAUAAAAAAAAAACAAACCAAACCAACCUGAAAAUAAUAAAUGUUUCUCUUUUUUUUUUUAAA